AAAAAUAAAUAAAUGUCUUAAAUAUUACUUAUUAUUAGACUACAGAUAGACGUAUAUGUGUACUCAAAAGCAAAUAUCUGACAAAGUUUUGAGAUACUGUUCACACAGUUAGAAACAAUACCACACAGCAUUUCAAAACUACCUAGUUCAAUUAAACCUAGCUAGAAGUUACAAACAACUUCAUACCAACUUCUGAACGAUAUGCCACGAAGCCCAUAAAUUUCGCAAACAGUCUCGUCGUCCAAUUUCGCCAAAUAAUCAGAAAAGAAACCAUACAUCAUCUCCCUUAAGGAGAGACCUCCAACAGACAGGUCGAAAAAUACAAUUAAUUUUUAAUAGACAAUUUAUCAUUUCAAAAAUAUCUGAAAAAUUCGUGUACAGAUAUAAAUUUCCAAAAAUUGAUAAUACGACUUAAAACAUAUCUAAUCAAUUCACUUCUGAUUUCAUCGAUUUAAUUAAAGAAGUGGCAACUGUUGAAAAUACUAAAUGGCUCUAAUCAAUAACCAGUAGCUAUAGUUACCCAAACCUCCACACAAGACAUAGAAAAACUAACUUAUCAUUACUUUUACAGAGAAAGAAAAGAUAAUGAAUAGAAACCGAUACAUCAAUGUACCAAACCAGAAUUAACAUUUCAACUCCGGAAACUCGUCACGAGCACGACAUGCACCCAGAAUCCUUCCUCGUGUAUCUUGUAACCACAAAGAUGUCCACACAGUAGCCGACGCAACCAUGUUACGAACAACUCACGUCCAGUCCCAUCGCGACUGGUUGAUCCCGUUGGAGGCACACACGGUGUGAUUAACACUCGAACCCGUGAACCGGUGCAUAACCUGGUCAAUUGGCCACUGCUGGUAGAGAGGACGUCCGUGAUCGACGGGACGAAGGCUGGUCGAGUGGAGCAACUAAAACGGGAACAGGGAUCGACUAGGGUAACGAGAGAGCGUCGGCGCCAUGACGUCGCGACGCAGCCGCAUCUGGACCAUCAUCCGGACACGACGUAAGGGCGGAAGGUGAGCAGAAAAGAGGGACGAGGAGAGUAUGCCGCUCCCGAGGCGGAUGACGCCGGAGCUGGCAGCAUUUACCCUCGGCAGUAUCGUCGCGAUCGUACGCGCUAGUAAUCCUCUCUCUGCUCCUGAAUAGAUGUGAGAUUUGUCCUUUGAAACUAGGCGAGUCGACACGUGAAAUCCGUGCAUCGAUCUACUCUCUGUAACCGUGCUAAACCAUACCCGUCUAUCGAACAUUCGGCAAAUUGAAUCGUGUGUAAAGGGACCAAACAGUGCGAAGAACCACCUGUGAAUGGAUCUAUAGAGGAGGAUAAUCAACCCCGAGGAUACACCUGAGUUGUACGUUUUUCGUUACACCGUCCAAGUUUCCCGCUUACCACUCAGAGGAUCAACAGGAUUCUCGGCUGUUGCUGUCUGGUUAGAAGGACGAUACUGGUAAUAUGGCAAGUAGUAUACUCGAGUAGUUUCGAGUGGCUGAUGGAAGCUCGUUUAAGUCGAAGCGUGCAUCGUGGUGUUUGGAUCGAAGCGAUUGAUGACUAUUUGAUGUCUUGAAAACGAUCGGCAUGAAAUACUUGAAAGUCGUUCUGUUCACGUUCAACUUAUUAAUAUGGUUGGCCGGAUGUACAGUACUGGUGAUAGGGGCAUGGCUGUUGCUGGAGCCAAGCAAAGAACACCUACUAAACCUUUUCGUAGCUGACACCACAGCGAACGGUACUAUUAAUCUAAUAGCGUACACUUUGCUCAGUCUUGGUUUCACGGUACUCACGGUCGGUUUCUUCGGAUGUCGUGCUGCUCUGCACGGAAAUCAAUGCAUCCUGGGUACCUAUAUGAGUAUGUUAGUGGUGCUGAUCAUCAUCGAACUGGUAACCGCGAUUGUCAGCGGGCUGAUAACGUUUCGAACACUAUCCGGAUUGGAGAAGCGUCUGACCGACAAAUUAGCCAAUGACUAUGGCCACGAGCCGACCAGUGACAUCCCUUUCAGUCAUAGUCUCGACUUCGCGCAAUAUAAGUUUAAUUGCUGUGGAAUACACGGAUACGAGGACUAUAAUGGCACGGCCUGGUGGAGAGACGCGCAAAUUUCGGGAAACAGAAGGCAGGUCCCUCUCACGUGCUGCGUAUUAAAAAAUACCGAGAUGAAAAAUACAGGAAGUCCAAUGAGCGUCGUUUCAAGGGUGUUUCAUAAACAUACUGAGAAACCGUGGUUAAAUCCAAAACCAAAGGACGAAUCGGCGUGUCAAGUGGAAGAUGAAGAGGGUCACGACGGAUAUCGACAUAAAGAGGGUUGCCUUGCCAAAGUCACCAACUGGCUGCAGUACGAGAGUUUCACUCUGGUAUUUCUCGGGAUGGCGAUAGCGGGUAUACAGACAUUCGGUAUAAUAACUUCAGCGUUCCUUUGCCGAACGAUAAGGGACAUGCAAGCGGAUUGAAACCUUUUCAGUGCAAAAGGCACAGAGAGAAAAGAAGGAUCGAACUCAGGUUCCCGUUGGACUUGCAAGGAUAUCAGACAAGUUAUUUUCAUGUUUCAUCCGUUACACUUCUGACGAUUUUGCAAAAUGGAAACAUUCGAUCAAAGGGAACAACGAUACACGUGAUAAUAACAGGACAUUUUCAAUAAGAGUUCAAAGUAUUCUCGGAUUCUUGAAGGCGUUUUAAUUUGAAUAACGGGUCUAUUUGGUUCCAUCGACAAAGAUUUAUUCGACCAUUUUUACAACAAUGCUAUUUUUACUACUUUUCAUGCUUCACACAACUCUGUAUUCGAUUUUGAGUAGGUACAGUCGUUGCAGAAAUAUACUGUGAACGUAAAUCUCAUCUAUCUGUAAUAUUGCUGAUAUUUAUUAACAAACUUUUCAUUAUUUAUUCUAAAUUUAUUUAGUUUAUGGCAUUUAUUGAUUCCUAAUCAAGAGAAAAAUGAUCAACAACCGAAAUAUUUCUUUAUUUCUCCACACAUUCAAUAAUAUUAACAAUAUUGGGUUCCUUUCGCGACCAUACUGUAUUUCUACCAGGGCUAUACUUCGUUGAAUUUUCUAUCACAAUUUUUUAUUUUUAUAGUUUAUUCAAAUGUAAAUAUUGUGGAAGAAAUCUUUGUCGAUAAAAUGAAAGGGACCCCAUGAAAUGUAUUGUAAAAUAGAAAGCUGUGCUUGCUCGAUACCUUCCAAGCAAUUCCCGUCCCUUGCGUGUGGUUUCAUCGUGGAUCAACGUAUCUACUAUUCUGUACAUAAGGCGUUUCACCCUCUCCGUGGUCGCUCCAGGUUUUAAAGGGCGAAAUUGUACAUUUUUUUAAUUGCCACACGUGUAAAUAAAGCGCGACGAUUAUCGAAACACGGGAUGGAUGACCGAUGCGAUCGGGGUAUAAUCGAGAGAGAAAUAUACGGUUCUUAUUUUUCCUGGAGCAGGCUUAACACGCGACGUGAUAUGAUUUUUCACACGACACACCGUGAUUUAUAUACAUUGGCAGGAGCAUAUGUUCGAAACGAUUUUGUGAUUUUUUACUACGAGAACAAAAAAAAAAGGAAAAAACAAAAAGUAACACCAUUUGAAGAGUGAAUGUACGUAUUAUCGGUGUAUGUAUAUUUGUGUGUGGUAGAAGAUUCAUAGCCGCGUAUCAGCCGCUUGUGACAAAUGGAUGCAUAUUCUAGAUACAAAAAAUGAAACAAAUGAAACAAAAAGAGAAACGUAUGCUAUGACAUAGUACCCGUAACGUCAAUCAGAAUGCGUUCUUUUUUCCUCUUGCGUGCGUUGAUGGAUAUUUUUGAAGGAAAACGAUUGAUUACAAAUUGUGCCAAAUAGAUUGUACCCUGCGACAAGGGAGUUUGUUAUAUCUUUAUUUUCGAACGAACUUUGUUGAAUAACGUUUGAUGCAUUCGUAAAGUGUCGUAGGAAAACAAUAAAACUAUUACUCUCUGUAUAUAAAA